AUGUAUCGACAAAUCUGGGUUCAUCCCGACGACAGGAAGUUCCAGAAGAUCCUGUGGUAUCACGAAGGCGAAGUUCGAACUAUCGUUCUCAACGUUGUGACUUUCGGGGUGAAGUGUGCUCCUUUUCUUGCAGUUCGAACAUUGCACCAGUUGGCCGUCGAUGAGGAGAGCAGAUUUCCAAAAUCGGAAUGUUGGAAAGCUAACAUCACCUGGGACGAAUCUUUACCUCAAGACAUCCACACAAAGUGGAUUGCUUUAGCCGAACAACUUCUUUUGGUGCGAGAAGUCGCGUUACCAAGAUAUCUGCGAUACGAUAUUGCGAACCCAGUAUCCACUGAAAUACACGGUUUUUGCGACGCGUCGAUCCAAGGAUAUGGCGCGUGCAUCUUCAUUCGUUCCAUUGAUUCAGUGGGAAAUGUCACUCUGACUUUCACUAUCGUGCAAACAAUUCUUCGAACAGACUCAAAAAUCGUUCUUUGCUGGUUAGAUAAAGCUCCUCAUUUACUUAGAACAUACGAAGUGAAUAGAGUCGCUGAUAUUCAAACGCUAGGUGAGAAAGUCGAGUGGAAACAUGUUCGUUCGAAAGACAAUCCAGCCGACUCACUAUCCCGAAGACAGCUACCCAGGAAACUUUUAGCUGACCCCCUCUGGAACUCAGGCCCUCCAUGGUUGGUUCUUUCUCAAGAUCAAUGGCCUCCAUCGGAAAGUUCCUCGUCAGUUGAUCCUCCAGGCGCGACAGAGGGAAUUGUUUUAUUCACCGCUUCUUCCGGAAGCAAUGUCUACGCUCGUUUCUCUGACUAUGAGUGCCUUAUUAGGUCCAUCAGAUAUCUUCUCCGUUGGCAUAGAAAGGAACCAUUGCCAGACGAUAUCCAAGGUGCGGAUAAAUCGCUACUAGGGAUUCGUUACCUCUCUCAAAUCGAAAUAGCUCACGCAGAGCGCACCAUUCUUCUUCUCAUCCAAAGAGAAUGUUUCAGUCAUGAGAUGAAAUUGCUUAAAUCAACUACAAAAUUAAUUUCCAAAGGCCCCAACGGCGCUUUCAGGAGUCGAAUGAAGUUUGACGAACUCAAUCCCUUCUUAGACGAGCAUGGACUAAUCAGAGUAGGCGGUCGGUUGAAGAAUUCAAAUCUUCAGUUCAAUCAAAAAUACCCUAUUUUACUACCUAGUAAUCAUAACGUGUCAGAUCUCAUUAUCCGCGACGCUCAUCACCGAAAUCUUCACGGAAGGGUCCAGUGCACUCUCUACACGAUACGCGAGAGGUUUUGGAUUCUCAACGGGCGAAAUCAAAUUCGACAUGUCCUGCGCCGCUGCGUACCGUGUCUUCGACAAAAGCCAAAAUUCUCACACACCAAGAUAGCAGACCUUCCAGAAUCUCGAGUAAACCCUGCGUUCGCUUUUGCUAAAACCGGCGUAGAUUUUUUUGGUCCGAUUAUGAUCAAAGAAAAAAAAGAUCGUAAUCGAAGCUUUCUUAAGGCGUACGCGUCUGUUUUCGUCUGUAUGGCCACCAAGGCUGUCCACAUCGAGGUAGCUUCCGAUCUCUCAGCUAAGGGCUUCCUCGCAUGUUUUCGUCGGUUCAUUGCCACGCACGGCAAACCGAGCACCAUGCAUUCUGACAAUGGUACUAAUUUCGUGGGUGCGAACAACGAACUCCAAAAGAUUUACAAAUUACACGAUUCGCCCGAAUUUAAAGACGCGAUUCAAACCUUUGCUGCAUCCGAACGGAUUGAAUGGAACUUUAAUCCACCUCUCUCACCGUACUUCGGCGGUCUAUGGGAAGCGGCAGUUAAGAGUUUCAAACACCAUCUGAAUCGUGUCGUCAAGGAUCAAAAGCUCACGUACGAGCAAUUGGAGACAUUAUUAAAGGAAAUCGCCGCCGUGUUAAACUCCCGGCCAUUGUACGCGAUUUCUGCCGAUCCAAACGAUUCCCUUGCGAUAACUCCGGCACAUUUUUUAAUCGGGCAUCCCUUCAACUUCUUACCCGAGCAAAAUUAUGUUUCAGUUCCGAACAACCGCCUCACUUCCUACCAACUCGUCUCUAAGGCUAGGCAAGCCUUUUGGAGUAAAUGGCUCAAAGAGUACUUGCAUGAACUGCAAACUCGCCAGAAGUAG